AAAAUCUUAAAAUGGACAUCGAAACAGUAUAUAGGAACGUUCCUUCUUUCACAAAGUUCUAUCUGGCUACCUUUAUUAUCAAUACUUGAUUGAUCUCACUCGAGUUGGUAGAGUUUUCAGACCUUGAACUUGACUACGAGAAGGCUAUCCUUGGCCUUGAAGUAUGGAGGUUUUUCACAUGCUUUGCCUUCUACAAUGGAUUUUCAAUCCUAUUUGUGAUCAUAAUCGUGCUUUCGCAUGUAUGAUUAAGCACAAUUGAGCAUUAUUUCAGAAGAAGAAUGCAGGAUUUCAUUUUCAUGAUAAUCUUUGUCUGGUGAUGCCACUUGACUCUCGGCUGGCUGCUCGAUACUCAUCAUGACAUGAUGGCAGAGUUCAUGUGAUCUUUUAUGUACAUUUACUGCAGGAGAGAAAGAGAAGACAGAGUUGAGAUCUUCGGUGUGGCAAUAAAAGCCAGAAUUUUCCCUUGGGCUUGGAUUGUUCUAUGAAAAAUUUCGGGCUAUCGGAUCAUCAAAAUCAUAGCAGGUUAUACCAUCGGGCAUCUUUAUGAUUACCUCAAGUUCAUUAUGCCUGAAACACUAGGCUAUUCCUUGUUGGAGACACCAAGAUUUUUGAAUUGGAUGGUUAUGAAAAUUGAAAAGCGUCAACCCCAACAAGCUAACGAGGUUGAUCUUGUUGAUCACGGAGAUGCAGGAGAACUAGCCGAAUAGUCAACUUACUUCCUAAAACUUGUUCAAAUUAUCAAAAGUGUAAACCAAAAUAAUAAGAUCUUU